GGAGCCAAGAUGGAAAUAAAAGAAGUUUUCAGUUUGGCUCGGGUGCCAUCCAUCCUCUUGCUUGGUUUAGUUUAUGUGGCCUACGUGCUGAUUGGUGGGGUUAUAUUUUGGAAGUUAGAAGGAGAUCUUGGGCAGAAGGACGUCAGUCAGUUAUUGUUGACAAAAAAAAUGUUUCUGUCCAAAUACACUUGUCUGGACCAAGAGGGCCUAGAAGCACUAGUUCAGUUGGUGCAAGAUUCCUCAAAGAUUGGCCUAAGUUUAAAAAGCAACAACACUGCAGCAGGUUUCUGGAAGUUCACCAGCUCAGCUGUAUUUGCUGCAACUGUGGUCACAACUAUAGGUUAUGGGAACCAGUGUCCUACUUCUACAGCUGGUCAGAUUUUCUGUGUAUUCUUUGCACUAUUUGGGAUCCCGCUCAACGUGGUGGUGCUGAACAGAGUUGGCAAAUACAUGCUUGCUAUAGAGAGGAACAUCUCUGACUUCCUGGAGGGGAAGACUGGAAGAAAGAAGUGUACUCGUUUCUUUGUCCACUUGGUAUCUUACAUUUCCGGAACAGUGCUCUUCUUCAUUAUGCCCAUGAUUGUAUUCCAACUAGAAGAGGGCUGGACCUUCUCUCAGGCAAUCUACUACUGCUUCAUUAGCCUCAGUACAAUUGGCUUUGGAGACUUUGUGGCAGGUACAUCAAAAGACAGUAAUCCAGACAAAUGGUAUCCAGAUUGGUACAACGUGCUCAUUGCCUCAUGGAUUUUCUUUGGCAUGGCCUGGCUAGCCCUAGUGAUCAACCACUCUAUCGACAUCCUGGAACGGCUGAAUACCCACUUCAAAAUGAGGUGGGGUAAGGAGAAACAGGGACACGAUUCGGGCAGUGCAGAAAGCGAGAACCCCGAAACACAGGUUGAGGAGGAAGAUGAAAACAAGAAGUCACCAAUGAACCAACAAGCUACACAAUGAAGGUAAAAAUUAGGAGUGAAGACUACUAAUCAGGACCUGGGACACAUAGGCAUUAAAUUAUGGGUCCACUGCACCUAACGUCAUAGCUGUGUGUGUGUGUGUGUGUGUGUGUGUGUGUGUGUGUGUGUGUGUGUGUGUGUGUGUGUGUGUGUGUGUGUGUGUGUGAUGAUGUACUGUACAGUAACACGUGGCUGUUUUGUAGUUCACCUCUCUUAUACAGUAGGUGCAGCUAAAUAUUAACUCAUUUUUGCUGAGUCUUAUUUAACAGUAGGUACACAUACUGUUUGAUGUUUGACUCCUCAGACUGCUUUGUAACAAGAUGCGAUCGACAGUAUGUGGUUAAAAAUAACUCUAAGGAGCACACUGGGACAGAACUUGUGUAUGUGUAUGAAUAGUAAUCAGAAGAAACAACAGCUGAUCUUUGUCCUCUCAAACCACUAACCAUGACUCAAUUUAUUUGCCAUGUUGGUGACAUUUUGCAGUAGAGCUGCUGUGCAUCAUGUACAAUUUAUCUUAAAUGAGCAGGAGUUCACAUUUUUUCAGGCCUACAGUACAGUAAUACAGUUAUGGACUCAUGUCAACACUUAAACAGUUUUCCUAGCUGUGAUUAUUCCUCUUCUUUAUGACCCAGUUGUAAUACAUGCUUAGGGAGAUAGUCUUGUCUUGUUUUGUCUCAAAGGGUUUUCAUGUAUUGAUGACAACCUUUUAAAGGGAACUGAGUCUGUGCUGAUAUUUGCGGAGCUACAGCAACACCUUUGAAAGUUGGACUAAAACCUUCAUAAGCAAAGUAUAUUAAAAUACAAUGUUUUAAUGUCUAAACAGGAAGAAUACUGGAAGAAAGUGCUCAUAGUGUAGAAAGGUAAAAUAACACAACGCUGUUCUUUUUUGUUUUACUGAGCAGAGCACAUUUACAUCCACUAGAUGGCAAUAAGCCUUCAAAUCAAAGACAAAGCAGAAAAAAUCUGAGUUGAACAUUGUGUUGUAAGGCUAUUCCUGUCUGAUGUAACCUCUUGUA